GUUAUGACGCACUCUUUCUUCCAUAGUUCGCGUUGCCUCACUAUCGAUAAAGAGACUCCGCAGACCACCGAGGUCGUCCUCACACCUCAGCUCAACCCGCCUUCAUCGACCGCGCAACCUUGCUCUUUUCCCUUUACCCCUCUCACACCAUUGGUCAUAAAACGCCAGAUCGCAUUUCAUCAUGGCGAAAAACGAUAAGCUCGGCGAAAACGACAAGCCUGAAUGGACAGGUCCAACCGCCACAAAGUUCGAAAAUAAAGCGUACAGCGAGUACUUCGACCCGUGCCAGGAAGCCGCAGACAAGAGCAUCAGGUGUCUGAAGCGCAAUGGCGGAGAGCGGGCGAUGUGCAGUGAUUUCUUCCAGGCGUAUAGGGACUGCAAAAAGCAAUGGAUGGAGGCUCGUGCCGAGGCGAAGAAGAAUAAAUCAUGGUUUGGGUAGAUUUCUGGAAAGAGAGGGGGAAGAGGAGGAAUUGUAUAUCUCCGCUCAGGGUUGCAUUGAGCUGGCGUUAGGCGUUGCAUAGCUGGGUCAAGAGGAGGGUGUCUGUAAGAUAUACAACAAACGGAGAAGAGGGCAGGGAACAUAAUGAAUACCGGCACAAGCAGGGCUGCGAACCCCUGUCAUGGAGUUGGAGAUGAAGCAGUCGAUUCUAGCAACUUCCAUACCGGCGUGUGUAAUAACAUGCUGGUGGUGUUGAGAUAGACCGGAGCAGUAAUCGUCCACGCCAAUAAUCGGCUGAUCGAAAUCGUAGCUAUACGUGUAUAUCCGACGAUACCAAUGCAGGUGUGGAGAACGCACAUAUGAUCAAACCACAGUGCCAGCACAGAUUGAAUAUUUGUUCGACAAUUUACCCAAC